AUGGAACGCGUGCAAACCAUUAUUUUGGUAGGCGGUUUCGGUGAAAGCCCGUAUGUUCAGGAGAGAAUGAAGAAUGAAAUAGCUGGCGUGAGACUGUUCGUCCCUCCAGACGCGGGGCUUGCCGUGUUGAAAGGCGCAUUGAGGACGACACAGGAGAACCCCGAUUAUACAACAGACCCUAGAUGUGAACUUCUCGGGACUAUUAGGCUUGUAAACAGCAUCGACAUUCCAUUUGAAAUACAGGAAUCAGAAGUCACGUUUUUGUUCGGAGAUACUGAGUUGCUGGCUGGAGUAGACCCAAGCCGCCUUCAGUUGGCCUUGGAGCCGGAGUGUGCCUCAGCUUGGUGGGAGACGUUGGGAGGCACAGCAGAUAUAUCUGUUCAUGAGAGAAACCCAGAUGGAACCCUGAAGGAAAUCCACAAAGCCAGAACGAAUUGGGAAAAGGCCAUCACUACGGGAGGUAAGGACAAGCUGAAGAUUGAUACAACAGUUGUCAAAUCAUGGUUUAAAAGACCAAUCGAACUGCUGAUGCAGCAUCUAAAGUCUCUUCUAGCUGAACAAAAGAUGAAAAGCGUGCAAACCGUUAUUCUGGUGGGCGGUUUCGGUGAAAGCCCGUACGUUAAGGAGAGAAUGAGAAAUGAAAUAGCCGGCGUCAGACUCAUCGUCCCUUCAGACGCGGGCCUGGCCGUGUUAAAAGGUGCCGUCAGGUUUGGACACAAACCCGCAAUUGUCUCCUCCAUGGUUGUAAAAUACACGUAUGGACACGAUGUGUAUGGCAAUUUUGAUGAAAAGAAGCACCCAGAUGAGAAGAAGGUUUGGAAAAAUGGAAAGUGGUGGGUGCCUAAAUGGUUCAAUGUGUUCGUGCUGGCGAACACUGAAUUGCGAGUUGACCAACAGGUUACUCGUAGGAGCACUCCUAACAGUGAAAUAUCCUUAACAUACGUCUACAGAUCGACCCAGGAGAAUAACGAGUUCACAACAGAGCACGGGUGUCAACUUGUAGGGACAGUUGAGCUUGAAAACAGCACCGAUAUUCCAUUUGAGCAGCAGGUUAUAGAAACUACGUUUAUGUUCGGGAAUACAGAACUUCUCGUCAAAAUGAAGAACACGCCCAUUGGAAAAGAAGCCUAUAUGAUCUUUAAGUGA